AUGACCGACUCUCCCAUUCCAAAGGGCCAACACAUCGCGCACACCCUUCUCGCCCGCGCCCACUCCCCCGACACAGCAGCCCAACAAUUUACCGAGCGCGUUAAGCAAAAACCACUCUACCUCCGCCCAACCUCGCCCUCCGCCCAGGACAACCGAUCCAGACGCCGCCUCCACCGUCUCCGCAAGAAAGAAUACUUCGUCCGCCACCAGCGCCCGCGCCCCUUAUCUGCGCGCGAAAAGCGCACCUCAGGCCUCUACGACCUGCCCAAAGAUGAAUGCAAGCACGCCAUCUUCAAGGGACUGCAUGCGCUGUGGGUUGGGUAUAUGCAGGAAGUCCUCGAUCUCAAAUCCGAAGGCAGGAGCGGGCUGGUGACGCCGGCGUCGCAUGGAGCCAAGCUUGUUAGUGCUGAUUUCCACGGAGCGGAGGUGGAGGUUGUGCGCAGUCGUUGCGCUAGUCGGGUUGGCGUGAAGGGCAUUGUGGCGCGGGAUACGAAGUUUACCUUUGAGGUUGUUACGGAGAAGGAUGAAUUGAAAAGUUAG